AUGACAAUGAAAAAAUAAGUUUUGACAUAACUAGCUUUUACACAAAUAUACCGAUCAACAUAGCUCUAGAGGCAGUUAGAAAUGGGCUUAAGGUUGACAAUGAGCUUAUGCAUCGAACUAAGGUGCCGAUCGAGGAAAUCAUGUUAGGAGUACGAUUGUGCCUGACAUCUACACUUUUUAAGUUUCAGAAUAAAAUAUAUAAACAAACUGAAGGUGUUGCCGUGGGAUCACCAAUAUCCCCUAUCAUCACAGACAUAUUUAUGGAUAGUUGGGAAGAGAUGGAUGUUCAAACAUUUAGUCCUACUGCAAAGAUAUGGUUCAGAUAUGUAGAUGAUACGUUUACAGCACUGAAAUUGGAUGACAUCAACAGGUUCUUGACGCAUAUAAAUUCAGCAGUGACUACAAUUUACUUCGCAUGUGACUUAGUAAGUGAUGAAAGUUAGCUAGCAAUGUUGGAUCUCAAGCGAACACAAAACGGAAGUUUAGAGACUAGUGUCUAUAGGAAACCUACCCAUUCGAAACAGUACUUAAACUUCGAAUCCUCCCACCGCAUCUCAGUUAAAGUAGGCUUAGUUAAAUGCAUAAGAGAGAAGCUUGGCUGUAGCUCUGCACGCAGUUACACACAAUCACACAGUAGUGUGGGAUAG